AUGCCAAAACACGGCAGCAUUGAGGAAGAGCUCCGACACUCCCUAAGCCAGUUACCUAUUGAUAUUCUCCUUCCCUUAGUUGCCGAGUUUAAGCCAGAGACUGCACCGGGCGUCCAGGCUCUCGCUUCAAAAGGAUUGGAUGAGAGUCUCGUUAUCAGCAUAUUAUGUGAACAAAAUACUCCUUCCUCUGAACAACUGAUCCAUCCGCCGGGUUUACUGGCAUGCGAAGAAGAAAGAAGGACCCCACUAGAUCGCCGUCCGUCCCUUGAGACAGAGCAAUGUGGGGUACAAUCUCGCGGGGUUGAGGAGGGCUCGGAAGCCUGCACUGCAGCGUCACAUAUGCCUUGCUAUCAUCCUCCUACUCAAAUCCGCGAACGAAAUCAUGAAUCAGUCGUCCCCCAAACGUCAUCCGUUUCAGCACAACGACAACGCAACUGCGGAGAAACACGUUCCCCUGUGGAGUCUCUGCCCCUCAGUAGCGAAGCGCCAGCAAGUGGGAUGCAUUUCUCAAUGACGGCCGCAACCAUCCGGUCGCCGCCUCGGGAUACUGAGAAACAGAAAAUCUCAAACAUUACGGGCGAUCAUCCUCCUGCCACACCACUGUCCUUGAUUGCAGAUCGCCAGAAGGGCUUGACCACUUCAAUCACUGGCUUCGCCCCAAAGUCACUGGGCGAUGGAUCAACACAGGAGGAUCCAGUAGGCUCCGAGCUCCAAAAAAGAAGAACAAUUCAGGCGUCUCCUUAUCGAAUCAGUCGCGGCUGUCAAACGCAACUCAAUGCGCAACAACUGAAUAAGGUCAUGUUACUAGUGAAGUGCUGCGUAAAAAAUCGUCAACAUAUAAAGUCGGGAUUUCGCAAUCAAGCUCCAAUUACAAGGGAGCUCCACGGGAAAGGUCGACCCAAGGGUAAAGAUCUUGCUACCAAAGCGAAGGCCUGUGGCACCGCUCGGGCAAACAGAUCUACUAAGCCUGAGCUCCGGGUGGACGGCGUCCACACUACAGACGCCAAGAUGUAUGCGGCCUCCACUCGGCACUAUGAGGAUAACGUGGCGAGAGUAAAAGUUCCGGUGGAUAAACGCCCUUGGGCCACUAAUGGUCCAAGACAGAAUAUAAGCUGUGAAGUAUACAAGAGCAAGUCGGUUAAGCAAUCGACGGGUGGACUCGCCACGGCGCAGUCCAAGUCAGAAGUCAAUAACCAGACACGGCAUAACACCACCGGCACUGAGGCGAUGGCACCAUCUUGCACAUCUAUACACUACAGAGGGAAAAGGAAAAAUUAUUCGGCGACAACACCGCCGGUGAAAAGGGCCCGGACAACCGAACCAUUCAACACAGGAAGAAAGCAGGCCUUACAGCAGGUAUGGUUGCCGUUCUAG